AACAUAUGGGCCAUGGAUGCAUCUGAUUUUGUUUUGGGCGGUUUUGCCAGUGUGGGGGCCACCUUCUUUACCAACCCCAUCGAAGUCGUCAAGACACGUAUUCAACUUCAAGGUGAAUUGGCGGCUCGCGGUACUUAUGUGGAACCAUACCGGGGUAUUGUCCAUGCCUUUGCAACGGUGGCCAAAAAUGAUGGUUUGACCGGACUUCAAAAGGGUCUAGUACCAGCUUUAUAUUUCCAAUUUAUUAUUAAUUCAUUUCGUUUAAGCAUUUACAAUAUGGCCUUAAACAAGGGAUGGAUGCAUAAGAAAAAUGGUGAAGUAUCAUUUGGUCUGGGCCUGUGUUGGGGUGCUGCGGGUGGUGCCAUUGGUUCCUAUUUUUCUAGUCCAUUUUUUAUGGUUAAAACACAACUACAAUCACAAGCUGCAAAGCAAAUUGCCGUUGGAUACCAACAUGCCCAUACCGGCAUGAUGGAUGCCCUAUCACAAAUCUAUAACAAGCGUGGAAUCUAUGGCUUGUGGCGCGGCUCCAUGGCUGCCAUACCACGUGCUGCUAUCGGCUCCGGAGCACAAAUUGCCACAUUUGGCAAAACCAAAUACAUGCUCAAACAAUACGAUAUUGUCACUCAGCCUACAUUGAAUUCGUUUUGUGCCGGCCUUAUUGCUGGCUCCCUAAUGUCGGUGGCCAUAACACCGCCAGAUGUCAUUUCAACUCGCCUCUACAAUCAAGGAUGGGACGAACGUGGCCGUUACAAUGGUUGGCUAGAUUGUUGUGUUAAGAUAUUAAAAUCAGAAGGUAUUUACGGUUUGUAUAAAGGAUUUUGGGCCAAUUACCUUAGAAUAGCACCACACUCAACGCUAGUUUUGUUGUUCUUUGAUGAAUUGCUUUUGGUGCGUGAUAAAUAUCUACAGGAUAAAAGUAAUAGGCAUUAA